AUGCGUCGAGUCGCUGUCCUAGCCUUUCGCACGGCUCGUCGCUCCGCCCUUCGAAAACUGGUCAACAAGUCCUCCUUGUCCACUCCCAAUCAUGCGGUAACCUUUGCCCAGUCUUCCGCCAUUGUCCGAAGAUACAGCUCCUCAAGACAACCUCUACAAGCCUCUAUGCGUCUUCCCAAAAUCCCCAUCGCUUUUGUUGGAACCUUGGGGGCAAUCAGUGCCUGGUACGCCUACAAAGGUAAUGGGACACAACAUCUUCUCAAUCAGUCCACUUCACCACUCUCAGCCUCACCCUCAAGAUCUGUGUCCACUUCCCCAGAUAGCAUCCAAUCGCCUACUGGCACGGAGUCCACUUCGGCUGCGUCCGUGACGGUUCCUCAAGAGCCUAAUCGCAAGGCCCUAGUCGUCGAUAACGACCAAUUCUUCACUGGCCCCAUUGUUGGUGACGGUCCACUGGCAAAGGACACAGACGAUUUCGGCAGGAAGGUUCUAGAGAUGAUGACACCGGAGCAAGCCACAGAGCGAAUGCGAAAAAAUGAACAAUCAUUCUUGGUAAAUCGAGGUCGUGGAGUGGUCAGAUAUGAUGUUGUACAACUGCCCAGUAACGAUCCCAUCGAAGAUGAUCACUCCGAGAAAGUUGUUGAGGUUCCAAACAGUAUUGCUGCGACAGACGGCCAAAAUUCUUCGGAUUGGAUGUUCUGGGCUGUGUUCGACGGUCACUCAGGUUGGACCACCUCAGCAAAGUUAAAGCAAGUCUUGAUCUCAUUUGCCGCAAGAGAACUCAAUACCACUUACAAGGCCGCACUUUCCAAUGGCAAAUCACCAUUCCCUCCCCCAGCCGCCAUAGAUGCCGCGUUGAAGUCAGCCUUCGUCAAACUAGACAACGAAAUCUGCCUCGAGAGCGUUAACAAACUCAACAAAAAUCCUAGCAAGCGCCUCGCAGCCGAAAUUCUAGCUCCUGCGCUUUCCGGAUCUUGUGCUCUUCUUUCAUUCUAUGAUUCUCAGAGCAAAACCCUUCGAGUGGCCUGCACCGGUGACAGCCGUGCAGUACUUGGACGCCGCAAUCAACAGACUGGGAAGUGGUUUGCCACCCCCUUGUCCGAGGAUCAAACCGGUUCCAAUCCUAAUGAAGAGGCUCGGAUGCGAGCUGAACAUCCCGGCGAAGACCAUGUCAUCCGCGCUGGUCGUGUUCUGGGAAAUCUAGAACCUACGAGGGCCUUUGGUGAUGCAUUCUACAAGUGGUCCCGUGAAACUCAAGAUCGAAUCAAGAAACACUGGUUUGGGCGUACACCGCACAAUCUUUUGAAGACGCCUCCGUAUGUGACAGCCGAACCAGUAGUAACAAGCACUAAAAUUGACCCUGCCAAAGGAGAUUUCGUGGUGAUGGCUACAGAUGGUUUGUGGGAAAUGCUUACAAACGAAGAAGUCAUAGGUCUUGUUGGUCAAUGGAUCGAACAACAGGACAAAACAUCCACUUCCGGCAGUUCGAGCACAGCUUGGUUGAGCUCAUGGUUCAAGUCAGCCGCACCUUCUACUCUUCCUGUGGAAAAGGGUGGGAAUAUGGACAAAACUGGUAGAGUCGACAACGACCGUGGCCAAAAGGUUGGUGAGAAGCCGAUCCGCCAGCAGCAAUGGGCGGUGACUGAGAAUAACAGUCGAUUCGUCGUCGAGGACAAGAAUGCCGCGACUCAUCUUGUCCGUAAUGCACUUGGUGGAAGGGAUCGAGAUAUGGUUUGCGCUCUGCUCACAUUGCCCAGCCCAUAUUCGAGACGCUACAGGGAUGAUCUGACUGUGGAAGUGAUAUUCUUUGGAGAGGGUGAAUCCACUGGUGCGGUGGUGCUCAAUCCAGAUGCAUCUGCUCCACCUCAGGGUGAGGUCAAGGCCAAGCUGUGA